ACGAACAUUAAUAUUCUCUCUUAACUCCGGAGGCUCAUUCAGUACUAAUCAUCAGAAAGCCGAGAACUCUAAGCAGAGAAAAACCUGCUUUUUCUAGUCUCAGCGGAGGAUUACACCUCCUCCUCUAAUGGAUUUCUCAGAACAGGAGGUGGAUAUCUUCGGCGAAGAGGUAGAAGAUGACCAGGACAAAGAUACCCAGCAACAGGGGAACCGAUCCUCUUCACCUUCUUCACCGUCAUCAUCAUCCUCCUCUUCGUCUUCAUCUUCGGCGGCUUCUUCGUCUUCCAACGGUAGCGACGGAGGCGAGAGCAGUAGCGCCGCUAGCGGAAGCGCCAGCAGUGACGGAGGUGACGGUGAAGAGGAGAAUGGCGAAGAGGUGGAUAACCGUAGCAGCAGGGCCUACUCUGGGGAUGAGGAUAAGGAUCUGUUUGGGUCUGAUAAUGAAGAGUACUGCAAAACCCCUGCUAUUAGUCCUUUCUCAAUUCCUGUACUGCCUGUGAUACGUAAUACAAACAACAACAACAACCAGGGCGGUAGAGGGGGUUUCGGACGUGGUCGUUGGCAAGCUGGACAUCAUAAUGAUAGAGGAGCUGGCAUCCUUCCCCGACCUGGGCCUUAUCCUCAUAGACAGAACUUUGGUUACGGUCCCAAGUUCUCUAAUGGUCGUCAUGAUGAACGCUUUGUUUCGGAUCUAAAGCUUUCAAAAAGUGAAGAAACACUGUCAAGAAAAUGUAUCACUUUUCAAGAACCAUGUGAACUUGCCAACUAUAGUCGGGUUGAAGGUGGAGAAGUUUUCUUUGAUGAUCGCAGUUUGAGGCUUUUCAAGCGGCUUAUUUCCGAAGACAUUGGAGCUGAUCUUAAUGAUGGUUUUGAUACUUUUAUUGAGAAAAAAGAUUUGGGAUCUCAAGGCUUUGGCGACCUUCUUGGCUGCAUACGAGACAAAAAUAUACCACUCCAAAACAUUCAUUUUGUGACAUAUCGCAACAACCUGAAUAAGAUAAUGGCCACUGCAUAUAUUCGGCACGAGGCUUGGGAGAUGGGAGUGCACAAAAGGAAUGGAGUUGUAUAUCUUGAUGUUCAUAAACUUCCAGAAAGGCCACGGAGUGAGUUUGAACGUCGAAGAUGUUAUUGGGGAUAUUGUUUUGAGAGCCUUGCCACUGAAGAUCCAAGACGAACUGAUGGAGAAGGAAUACAUCAUGUUGAUGCCAAUGUUGAAUAUUGUUCGGUGAUUAAAACCAAAUUAGGGGCUCAUCGAAUUUUGAUGGGUGCUGAAAUGGAUUGCUGUGAUUCAACUGAUGAUGGAAGAAGGUUUUAUGUGGAGCUAAAGACAAAUCGUGAGUUGGAUUAUCAAACUGAGGAAAGAUAUGAGAGAGAAAAACUUCUGAAAGUCUGGAUUCAAUCAUUUUUAGCUGGAGUCCCUUAUAUUGUCAUUGGAUUUAGAGACGACAGAGGCAAACUUGUCCGUACCGAGAGACUUAGAACCAAAGACAUAACACAGCGAGUGAAAAUGAAGAACUACUGGCAGGGUGGAGUGUGCCUAGCAUUUGCCGAUGAGGUGCUGUGCUGGCUCUAUGGAACAGUUAAAGAAAAUGAAGAUUACAUAUUACAGUUUGCUCAUCCUUUCACCCGUCUAGAGCUUCUUCAAGCCCAAUCUUGCCCUGAAGAGAUCACUAACCAUGUUGCACAAUUGUAGAGUAGUGGCUCUCAUACUUUUUUAUACCUCAAAUCGAUUAUGGAUAGGAGGGGUUUUUGGUUAUUUAAUUUAAACCCCUUUCUUUUAUUUUGAUAAAAAUUAUAGAGCACCACCACUUUUAAUUAGGUGACCGAUCUUAUCAAAUAAUGGAAGUUUAUAUUGUAAUUUUUUAGAAAGUAUUCUACUUUUUAUUUUUUCAAUAAUAAUGAUGAAGAAAAAAUAGUAUAGGAUCAAUCGACAAAAUGAAUAUUGGGUUGUUUACAUCAUUAUAAAGGGAAUUUUUUAAUUUUA